AUGGGGAAUGCUAUCGCUCAAUCAACAGAAUUGCUAACACAAAUUCGCAUAUCCCGGAGCAACGGCUCCGGGCUACGAGCGCCUAAUCACUUCUCCUGCUAUGCGCUCACGCAUGUCAUACACCUAUUUACAAAUCGUCUAAGAGAAAAAGUACAAUACUAUCCUGCUGUCACAUGCCACGAUUGCGUGCGCCUACUCAGUACUCUGCGUUAUUACAUAAGGCUAAAAUAUCUAUUAAUUCAGAAUGGCCGAGCUAACACGGCCAAAGCUACAUAUGCAUUCAUGGGAGUUGUAAUUUUAUACUUAACUCUUAAACCCAAGUCAAAGAAGUAA